AUGUCGACCAGCAAGGCUGAUGGCGACUCUGCCGAGUCAUGCCGCGUGGGCGUGCGAGUCCCACCGUUUUACCCGGAGAAGCCGGCGCUGUGGUUCGCGCAGAUGGACGCACAAUUCGCACUCGCGAAUAUCAAAACGGACGAGACGAAGUAUUACUACGUCACGGGUCAUCUCGACCCAAAGUACGCGGACGUUGUGGAGGACAUCAUCACGAACCCGCCCGCCACCGACAAGUACGAGAAGCUCAAGGCCGAGCUGAUAAAGAGGCUGUCAGCUUCGCGCGAGGAGAAGGUGAAGCAGCUCCUCAUGCACGAGGAGCUCGGCGACAGAAAGCCGUCGCAAUUCUACCGGCACCUCCUCAACCUUGCCGGUCCAGGUGUUCCGGAGGAGUUCCUGCGGACAAUCUGGACGAGCCGUCUGCCAGCAGGUACGCAGACCAUAGUGGCGUCGCAGUCCAAACUGGACUUGGCCGAGCUGGCCGAGUUAGCGGACCGCAUCCACGUCAUCGCCGGUCCCGCGCAGGUGGCAUCAACAGCUGCCGUCGCCACCGCACCGUCGUCGUCCACCAGCGGUCUGCACGCCGAGAUCGCCGCGCUUAACCGGCAGAUGCAGGCAAUGGCGCUCAAAAUCGAGCGGUUGUCCCGCAACAGAAGUCGCUCCCGUAGUCGCUCACGUCACCGGUCCAGCUCUAGAAGAUCGCAGUGCUGGUACCACCAGCGGUUCGGCGAUAAUGCUAAAAAGUGCAUUAAACCGUGCGACUACACUACGUCGGGAAAUGUGAGGGGCAAUCAGUGA